UGUUUACAGGAGAAUUAAGGGGAUUUUAAUUUUUAAUUUUUAAAUAUUAAUUGUCUUUUUGUUGUAGAAAUAAAUUUUAUUAUGUUUAACGUAGUUCGAAACUUAGCUACCAACGUCAAUAAACGCAAUGCUAAAGAAUAUCUUAAAAAAUCUAAACCUAAAUUUUCAAAAAAUGUGAGAUUGAAAACUAUGCCAAUAUUUAAAUAUCCUGUAAGUAAAGGAGAUUGCAGAGUAUAUGUUUGGGGUUUACAAGAACAUGGAGCUCUUGGAACUAUAAAAAAAGUUUCAUUCGGAGAGGAAGGUGUUGCUUUUAUUGGAACUCCUCAUCGAUUAUCAUUUGCAGAAUAUCAUAAAAUACUUGAUAUUACAUGUGGUUAUGGAUUUACAGUAUAUGCAGUUCAGUCGAAAGAUAAUAAAAUUCUAUAUGGAAGCGGUAUAAAUUCAGACUCUCAGCUUGGGUAUCAUCCAUUAGAUGAAAAAUUAAAAAUUCCAAUUAUUAAGGAACCAAGGCCAAUUUAUAUACCUUUGAAAGAAAAAACAACUAAGGUCCUAGGACUGGCUGCCGGUCGAGCACAUUUGCUUAUUUUAACCGACGAAGGACUUUUUACUUUAGGAAAUAAUGGCUAUGGCCAAUGCGGUAGGCCAAUUAUUGGUAACGAAAAUUAUGUAAAAAGUAAAGUCGUUCAUUGUAUACCAAAUGUAGAAGGGGCAAAAAUUACUGCUGUGACUGCUGGUCAAGAUCAUAGCAUACUUUUGACCGAGAAUGGAGAAGUUUACACAUUUGGCUGGGGCGCCGAUGGGCAAACGGGUCUUGCACAUUAUCAUAAUCAGUACAAGCCUGAAUUAGUCAAAGGGGAUUUAGUUGGUCAAAAGAUUGUCAAAGUUUCAUGCACCGCUGAUUGUGUUCUUGCACUUUCAGACAAUGGUAAAGUAUUCGCAUGGGGUAAUAGCGAAUAUGGGCAAAUACCAACAUGCAAGGAUAAUCAGCAAGUGAAUGUAGCGACCGAAUUAAAAAUUUAUGAAAAACUUGGACACAUUGUAGAUAUAGCCGCUGGUGGAAGUUUUUGUAUGGUUUUAAACAGUAGUGGAAUUGUUUAUGUAUGGGGAUUUGGAAUUCUUGGUUUAGGUCCAGAGGCUCAGAGAGUUACAGAACCCACUUCUAUUCCAAGCAUACUAUUUGGUACCAAUAUUUCUGACCCAAACACUAGCGUUGCUAAAAUAUUUUGUGGCAUCAGUCAUUUGGGAGCAUUAACUGCCGAUGGACAGUUAUACAUGUGGGGACGAAAUAAAUUUGGAGCACUCGGACUUGGUCAUCGGAAAGAUCAAUUUUUCCCGCUAAAAGUUUCAGUUGGAGCAAAAAUUAAAAAAGUAGCAUGUGGAGUUGAUCACACGGUGUCUAUUUGUAAGCCGUUUAUUUAAUAGAUGAGCGAUAGUAUUAAUACAGGAAUAAUAGACAACGAACUGGCUCCACUUUUACAUUGAAGAUUCUCAUAAGA